AACAUUAAUGUGCUCUUCGAAAACCAAUUCGAAUUGUUGGCUGGACUUCAGAUGCUGAAUUUAUCUGGCAAUAAUAUUGCCGUUUUGAAGAGUGCUCACUUUGCAGGUCUUACUUCGUUACGCCAUUUGCAUUUGCAGUCAAACGAUAAAAUGGAGCUAAAAGGACACACCUUUGCAACACUCAAGCAACUGGAGACGCUCGACUUGUCCCACAUUGGUCUCGAUAUUCUGGAUCCGCAUCUCUUCGGCUACAAUCAGGAGGGCACAGAAAAGCCUUUGCUAAGUUAUCCUCUUUGGAAGAGCUCUAUCUGAGCAACAAUGCAUUGCGUGUGCUUCCUGAGGGCCUGUUUGUUCCUAUACAAAAUCUGAAGAAGCUGGAC